AUGCUCCCCGAAGCCAGUUCCCUGUGGCUACUUCGGCUGCUCCGGGACAUCCAACUGGCCCAGUUUUACCGGCCGAUCCUUGAGGAGCUUAAUGUCACUCGGCCAGAACAUUUUGACUUUGUGAGGCCUGAGGACCUGGACAACAUUGGCAUGGGCAGGCCUGCCCAGCGCAGGCUUGCUGAAGCCCUGAAGAGGUACCGCUCGGGUGUCAAGUCUAAGAACUGGGUCUACAAGAUCCUUGGGGGGUUUGCACCUGAACAGAAGGAGAUGGCUCCACGCUCAGACAGUCUUCUGUGUCUCCACGAGCCAGAGGGGGGACUCAAGAGUCUGAUUCCAGAGGGUGCUGUGUGCAGAGGGGAGCUCCUGGGCUCGGGUUGCUUCGGUGUUGUCCAUCGAGGGCUGUGGACACUGCCCAGUGGCCAAAGUAUCCCGGUGGCUGUCAAGUCCCUCCGUGUUGGCCCUGAGGGCCCUAUGGGCACUGAGCUGGGAGACUUCCUGCGAGAAGUGUCUGUCAUGAUGAAGCUGGAGCACCCACACGUGCUGCGCCUGCACGGCCUCGUACUGGGCCAGCCUCUACAGAUGGUCAUGGAGCUGGCGCCACUGGGCUCCCUGCAUGCGCGUCUGACUGCCCCAGCGCCGACACCCCCACUGCCUGUGGCCCUACUGUGCCUUUUCCUGCGUCAGUUGGCAGGAGCCAUGGCGUACUUGGGGUCCCGUGGGUUAGUGCACCGGGAUCUCGCUACCCGCAACCUGCUCCUGGCCUCACCGCGCACCAUCAAGGUGGCAGAUUUUGGACUUGUGAGGCCGCUGGGCGGCGCCCGGGGUCGCUACGUGAUGGGCGGGCCCCGUCCCAUCCCCUAUGCCUGGUGUGCCCCAGAGAGCCUCCGCCAGGGAGCCUUCUCCUCUGCCUCUGAUGUGUGGAUGUUUGGCGUGACACUGUGGGAAAUGUUUUCUGGAGGCGAGGAGCCCUGGGCGGGUGUUCCACCAUAUCUCAUCUUACACCGGCUGGAGAAGGACCGAGCCAGGCUGCCAAGGCCUCCUCUCUGCUCCAGGGCCCUCUACUCACUCGCCUUGCGUUGCUGGGCCCCUCACCCUGCAGACCGGCCUAGCUUUUCCAACCUGGAAGGGCUGCUUCAAGAGGCUUGGCUUUCUGAAGGACGUUGCGUUAGGGAAGUUACAGAGCCAGGUGCUUUGCGGAUGGAGCCGGGUGACCCCAUCACUAUCAUUGAGGGCAGCUCCUCUUCCCACAGCCCCGACACCACAACCUGGAAGGGUCAGAACGGCCGCACCUUCAAAGUGGGCAACUUCCCGGCGUCAGCGGUGAUACUGCCAGACGUGGGGGGUUCGCCAGUCACCCAUCCAGCUCCCAGAGCCUCCCCUGCCCGGGGAGAGAAAUGCCGAGGAAGCAUGGAGGGGGACAGAGAGAAGACAAAGUUCCAGGAUGUAGCAUCAGCACGGGGCCAGAGAAGGAAGGUGCCCCUGCAGAGGAUGAAAGGAAUUUCCAAGAGUCUGGAGUCAGUGCUGUCCCUGGGUCCCCGACCCACAGGAGGUGGUUCAAGCCCUCCGGAACUUCGACAUACGAGAGCUAUGCCCCAGGGGCUCCCAGACCUGCCUCCACGCCCACCUUUUAUCUCCAGCUCUUCUCAGCCCAUCCAGCCCCACAAACCACGGCCUCCCUGGCCCAAAUCACACAAUCACCGCACCGGAGUACCUGGAGCCAGCAAAGCCACUGUUCCUUCUGGAGGCCCAUCGUCAGACCCCGAGUGGCAGAGGAAGAUUAUAGAGGUGGAGCUAAGUGUACACGGAGUCACUCACCAACAGUGUCAAGUGGCACUGAGAACCUCUGGGGGAGAUGUGGCGUCUGCUAUCCGGAACCUCAAGGUAGACCAGCUCUUCUACCUCAGUAACAGGUCCAGAGCAGACUGUCGGCGCAUCCUGGAGCAUCACCAGUGGGACCUAUCAGCAGCCAGUCGCUAUGUCCUGGCCCGGUCCUGAACCCUACAUCCUGGGGAUGGCUCC